AUGGCUUGGGAAACACCGUCCAAUGAUGCCGCAUCAGGUUCUGCGCCGGCUGAUGCGUCACCGCCGGAGCGCAGAUGGAGGGCUCUCUUCCUCUUCACCACCAGGAGACACCUCGCGCCGCUUUCGGCCGGAUUGUUUUUCGCUAUCUGUGGUGGGCUUGCCGUACCCCUUCUGGCGGUAAUCCUAGGUCGUAUCUUCAAUGAGCUUACCAGCUUUGGGGCCCGUUCAAUCACUGCGGUGCAGUUGAUGCACAACAUUUCCAUUCUUUGUGUAUAUCUACUCGCACUGGGAUGCACCAUUUUGGCCAUACAAUCCUUCCACUUUUCUUUAUGGAUCAUUUUUGGCGAGCUACAGGCAAAAAAAGCCCGUAAUGAGCUUUUUGAAGUGCUGCUAGGAAAGGAAGUGGAAUGGUUUGAUCUAACAAGAGAUGGAGUUGGCGCUCUUCUGCCACAAAUCCAAACAAACAUACGCGAUCUCCAGCUAGCAGUUUCACAACCCCUGGGUUCCUUCUUCCAAAACCUAGUUGCUGCUAUGGCUGGACUUAUUCUAGCUCUCUACAUCUCAUGGAACCUUACCUUUGUUUGCCUCGCAACUGUCCCAGUCUGUGCUAUCGUGAUUUCGGUUAUGUCAAAAAAAGUACAACCCGAAAUUGACUCGCAGCGACGAGAGCUUGAUCAAGCAUCCAAGUCUGCCACUAAUGCCAUUUCCUCAAUUGACGUUGUGAAAUACUUGAAUGGGCAGGCGAUAGAGGUGGCUCAUUACAUGUCUGCCGUUCAAGCGGCUGCACAGCAUUAUCUAAAACAGGCGCGAUUUACUGCUGUCGAGAUAGGGCUUAUUCACUUGUUGACCUUUGGGAUGUUUGUUCAAGGAUUUUGGUAUGGAGGGUAUCUGGUGGCUAUCCAGAAACUAACACCUGGUCAAGUUCUUACUACAUUCUGGGCAUGCUUUCAGGCGACCCAGUCUAUCGAGAAUAUCAUACCACAGUUGUUGGUGCUUGAGAAAGGAAGAGCCGCUGCCGCUGCCCUGAAACAAAUAUUGGGACAGGCUGGAUUGUUGAAAAGUGUACGUGUCCCUGAGGCUGAAUCUAAAUGCCCACAAUUUUGUGAGGGAAACAUCAAGUUCGAAAAUGUUACCUUUGCAUAUCCAUCCCAACCUGAUCGUUUAGUCUUGGAUGGCUGCACCUUUUUAUUCCCGUCUGGGGAUAUGACAUUCAUCGUUGGAAGAAGUGGCUCCGGAAAAAGCACUGUGGGAAACCUUCUUCUACGAUUCUAUCUUCCAGCUUCUGGGGAAAUAUCUAUUGACGGAAACUCGAUAACAUCUCUCGAUAUUAAUUGGGUUCGAAACAAUAUCACCCUGGUACAACAGCAAAGUUCUUUAUUCAAUGAGACAAUCUUGAAGAACAUUGCAUUUGGUUCCCGAGAUUUCGAUAACCUUUCCCCAAAUGACAUUGAAAAUUGUAUAUCCUUUGCAAAAUUGCUGGAGACUAUCCAGGCAUUACCAGACGGGCUGGAUACUAUUGUUGGACUUGGAGGUGACAGACUUAGCGGCGGGCAGCGACAGAGGGUAGCUUUGGCUAGAUCUCGUCUUAGAGAUACCCCUAUUCUUGUGUUGGAUGAAUCUACCAGUGCUUUAGACUAUCAUACCAGGCGCUCUAUCAUGUCGUCGAUCCGCGAAUGGAGAAAAGGAAAGACAACAAUUGUUAUAACCCAUGAUUUAUCGCAGAUUGAUGAGAAAGACUUUGUCUACGUUGUGGAUAAUGGAAAAGUGUAUCGCCAAGGGCAGAAACAAACACUUCAAAACGACAUUGAAGGGGUUCUAUUGUCCGCUUCACAGGUCCCAAUCCAAAACAAUUCGGAAAAAUUGAAAAGUAUUUCACGGGCACGACUCAGUGCUAUUGAUCGCUGGAACGACAGUCGCCGCCAAAGCUUCCCAGGGUUUAGUAAUUUUGACCAUACUAUGGACGGACAUUCAUCCUUAGCCUUCUCCCCUGUGCCUUAUUCACCUUUAUUUAGCCAGUCGCUUGGGCUUUCUCAGACUCAAUCGGCUAUUUUUCCUAAUCAGCAACGACAUUCUUUCCACGGAAAGCUUCCUCUCUCACGAAAUGCAGUAGAUUUGCCAACCAAAGAAAUACUUCCUUUCGAGGAGAACCAAGGUGUAAAGUCGCUAUCACAAAUCGAUGAUACCCGUGACGAAGAUGAAGAACUUCCGUCCCGGCCCAACUCAUUGGACGAAGAACGAUACGGCUACCAAAGCCGUUCCCUGUUUGGAAUACUUUGUACCCUGACACCAUCUUUGAGUCGAUCAGAAAAAGUCUUAUUAUUUCUUGGUUUCGUGUCAGCUUUCUUUCAUGCUGCAGCCACGCCAGCUUUUGCAUUUCUUUUUUCUCGGUUACUGAGCACCUUCUAUCUCACCGAACGCCGUGCCCGGGCUGCCUUGGAAUGCUCAAUAGGCAUUCUAGGCGUAUCAAUCGGUAAUGGCAUAGCAUCUUUUUGGAUGCAUUUUCUUCUUGAGCGCUGUGGUCACGCAUGGGUUGAUCACCUUCGACAAGAGGCAAUGUUUCGGAUUCUUCAGCAGCCCAAAUUUUGGUUUGAGAAGGAUAUCAAUCACCCAUCGACGCUGGCCAAUUAUUUGGACAGAAAUGCAGAAGAAAUGAGAAAUCUUGUCGGCAGAUUUGCAGGUUUUAUGUUUGUCGCCACUGUGAUGAUGGUGAUGGGUACGACAUGGGGCUUAGCAAUAUGUUGGAGGUUGACUUUAGUCGGCUGUGCAUGCGCACCAGUCCUGUAUGCUCUUACCAGAUUGUUCGAAAGAGUCAGUGGUUACUGGGAAAGUCGCUGUAACCGAGCUGCAGAAGUGGUCUCAGGAAUAUUUUCAGAAACGUUUUUGAACAUUCGUAUUGUUCGGUCCUUAACUCUUGAAUCUUACUUCCAUAAAAAGCUGCUCCGUGCGAAUUCGGAGACACUAACUAUAGGCAUGAAAAGAGGUUGCUUUACAGGCUGCGUUUUUGGACUUUCGGAGGCGUCUAUUAUAUUUGUCUAUGCACUUGUGUUUUACUACGGUGCUUUACUAGUUUCUUCUACGCAAUAUACCACAAAAGCAGUUUUGACCGUUUUUUCUAUGCUAUUAUUUAGCAUGGCGAAUGUGAAAGCGGUUCUAUCCCUAGUGCCGCAGAUUAGCUCUUCUAGAGACACUGCUACUCAAGUGCUACACCUAGCAAAACUACAGGCUGAUCAUUCACAUGAGCACCAUGGAAAGAUACAUACCUCGCAGUUAGCCCCAAUCAGAUUUACAAAUGUUAACUUCAGCUACCCUUCACAGCCGGAAAAGUUAAUCCUUCAUGAUUUUAACUUAAAUAUCGAUGAAAACGCCUGCACAGCGAUUGUUGGUCCCUCCGGCUCGGGGAAGUCAACUAUAGCUUCGAUACUUCUUGCUCUGUAUCCUAUUAGUAAGGAAAAUACUGGAUAUCUACGCCCUCCUGGCUUAAUAGCUCUGGGGGGUCUAGAUCUUCGGGAAAUCCAUGUAUCUUCACUUCGAUCCCAAAUAGCAAUCGUUCCACAGAAGGCAACAAUAUUCCCAGCGUCCAUCCGAGAUAACAUCAGCUAUGGUCUUGAGGAAUCCUCGCCUUAUAACACCCUUGCCAACGUGCGUACUGCUGCCAAAGCUGCAGGAAUUGACGAUUUUAUUUCAUCUCUCCCAUCAGGAUACGAUACACUUAUUGGUGAUGGAGGUAUAGGCAUAUCCGGUGGGCAGGCCCAGCGCUUAACCAUUGCCAGGGCUCUCGUUCGUCGGCCUCGGGUUCUUAUCCUCGAUGAAGCUACAUCCAGCUUAGACAUCGAGAGUGCGGCAGGAAUUCAGCGCACUGUGCAAAAACUGAUGAGCCGGAAUAGGUCCAAUGGGCUCACAGUCAUCAUUAUCACCCAUGCAAGAGAUAUGAUGGAGAUAGCCGACAAGGUGGUAGUGAUCGGUGAUGGAAGAGUUGUCGAGGAGGGUGCUUUUGAAUUGCUAAUCAAUAAACGAGGUGGUGAGCUUAGGAAACUUCUGGGUAUAACAGGCCGAGAAAAUUUGUAA